CCAGACCGCACGUGGUUGUUGUGAACUUGAGGUAUCAUUGAAAGUUAAUUGAAACCAUAUAUUGAUAAGUUUUAUUUGAGUAUUUGAUUAAAAAAUUAACUAGAAAAAAAUGGCCAAGUUUUGUUUAAAAAAGCCUAGCAAAAGAAUUCAAGCACGCAAACGAUACAAGAUUGAAAAGAAAGUAAGAGAACACAAUCGAAAAAUAAAAAAAGAAGCAAAGAAGAAUCCAAAAAAUAAAAAACAAAAGCUGAUUCAAGUACCUAAUCAAUGCCCUUUCAAAGAGGAUAUCUUGAAAGAAGUCGAAGCUUUGAAAAAACAAAAAGAAGAAGAAAAGCAAAAAAGAAAAGAAGAGGCUAAACAACGUAAAAAGGAAGAACAGGCCAAAGCUGGAUUGAUAGGCUUGGUUGCUGAUGCAGAAAGUAAACAAAUGGAACAUGAUGCUAUAGAAAGUACAUCUACAGCAACUACUGCAGGAAAAUUAGAAAAGAAAGAAGAAAAUUCUCUCAAAACUUAUUACAAAGAAUUUAAAAAAGUGGUAGAUGAAGCUGAUGUAAUUCUCGAAGUUGUAGAUGCUAGGGAUCCGCUUGGGACAAGGUGCAAACAAGUUGAAGAGGCUGUACAAUUAGCAAAAGGAAACAAGCGUCUUGUUGUUGUACUAAAUAAAGCAGAUCUUAUUCCAAGAAAAAAUCUAGAUGAAUGGCUUAGAUAUUUACGUAAGAGUUUACCAGCUGUUGCUUUCAAAUCUUCAACACAAGAUCAGUCAAAGCGAUUAGGUAGAAGGAAAUUGGGACAAAAAAGUCAAGAAAAUAUUCAAGGAGGAACUUGUUUUGGAGCAGAACUAUUGUUAUCUUUACUUGGAAAUUAUUGCAGAAGCGUUGGAAAUACUAAGGCUAGUAUAAGAGUCGGUGUAGUAGGUUUACCUAAUGUUGGUAAAUCUAGUGUUAUUAAUUCAUUGAAAAGGAGUAAGGCAUGUAAUGUUGGAAAUACACCAGGGGUUACCAAAGCAAUGCAGGUUGUUCAGCUUGAUUCAAAAAUAAAACUCUUGGAUUCUCCUGGAAUAGUAUUUGAGAAUUCAAAAACUGCAGAUCCUUCAUCAAUUGCUUUAAAAAAUGCUGUGAAAAUUGAAUCGCUGAGAGAUCCAUUCACUCCUGCUAGUGCAAUUUUAAAGCGUAUUUCAACCCAUCAGUUGAUGGAAUUAUACGAUGUACAUGAAUUUACUACACCAGAAGAAUUUUUCGCAAAAAAAGCUACUCGUAUGGGAAGAUUUAGAAAAGGUGGUAUACCUGAUACUUUGGCUGCAGCUCGUGGUAUUUUAAAUGAUUGGAAUUCAGGAAAAAUAAGAUACUACACUGUGCCACCUGAAGACAGAUCAUGCCAUGUAUCUGCUAGUAUAGUUGAUUCAGUUUUGAAAGAAUUUGAUAUUGAAAAUUUUGCCACAGAAGAGAAGAAGAUUUUAGAUGAAAUAGCUAUGGAUAACUCUGAAACUGAAAUUAAUCCUUUAAAAAUAGAAAGUACUGGACCUGUUGAAGCCACUAUGGAUAUCGAGGGAGCUGAAACUGUCAAAGUGAAUACUAAGAAAGGAAAAAAGAAAAAGAAAAAUGAAGGAAACAAAGCUUUGCCUACUGAAAGAAGGAAAAAAAUCGAUCCUCUGUUUGAAAUUGAAGGAAAUCAAAAACUUAAUCAAAUAAAGAAAUUACAAUUCAAAAAGAAGAAGAAGCAAGCUGCAAGAACAGCAAAAAAAGCUUCAGACUUGGCAGACGUGUUGGGAGAAGUGAAUUUAGCAAAUGAUAAUUACGAUUUCAAAACCGAUUUUUUAAGUAAAAAUAGAUAGGUUACUUUAAUUUAAUGUUACAAUUAAUAAUAUAC